ACUUCAUCGCCCCGCCCAACCUUUCACAAUGGGCCCCUUCACCCAAGUUCGUCAAACCCCUAACUCCCUUUCCUUCACCACCUCCUCUUCGAUUGCUGCUUUUUAUACCACUAACUCUGUCAAGCUCACCAAGCAAGCAGCUCAGGAAGGAGAGGGAGUGGAAGGCUUUGAAG